GACGACCUGUCUUGCAACUACCAACCACCAACUUUGUCUAUUCACAAUGUCUCUUGCUCGUCACUUCUUUCGCGAGCUGCGCCCUCUCUUUCGCGUGCUUGAGGAGCCGCUAGGUCGCCGAGCCCCGUUCGGUCAGGUCAACCGCUCGCUCCUAGACGAACCUUUCUUCCACACACCGGCCAUGCUGCAGCCCGUCAUCGACGUCUCUGAAGAAGGCAAUCACUACGUGAUUGAGGCUGAACUUCCGGGGGUUAAGAAGGAAAACAUUCAGGUUCGAGUGGGGGACGGUGGCAGAAGCCUUACCAUCGAGGGUAAGGUCGUCAACCGGCGCGGCGAUGCUCACAGCCCUGCGGCAUCAAACACUAAGCCUGAGCCUGAGCCAAAUGACGGCUCCAAGGUCGUAGUGCAGCAGCCAGAACAAACACAGCUGUCGACUGAACGCUAUUUCACGGGAACGUCUUCCUUCUCGCGCACGGUCUUCUUGCCAAGACCAAUCGACACGAGCGGUGUCUCCGCGAAGUUGGCAGAUGGCGUUCUGACCGUCAAGGUGCCCAAGGCUGAAGAUCCCGCUAGCGUGCAAGUACCCAUCGAAUGAACGUUUACGGCGAGCGUUCUCUCCGCAUGGAUUGACGAGGCCGCACAUAUCAUAAGGGGACACUGUAUUCAUAGUACACUAUGUAUCAUGAUCACCACUCUCAUUAAUGUAACGCUAUCAUUUGUUUUCUCUGCUC